CUUUCCUCUGCUCCAUUUAAUGCUCUCUCCCUCGCCCCUGUCCUUCCUCUCAGUCAGAUCUGACCAAAAGAGGGGGAAAAAAAUCUAUCUUAUGUUAAUUUCUGCCUGUCUCCAGUCUUAAAGAUGAUGAGGAUGCGAGCAAGAGAGCUGGAGUGAUGAUGAGUCGGAUAUCGAAGGAAUAUCUUCCAGGCGGGAGGAAUGCGGCCGGCGGACCGCAGCAUCUCCGGCGAGGGAGGGGGCUCGCCGCCGGAGGGGGGUCGAGGGACGGAGACGAGAGCUUGGAUCUCUUCGCCAGGAUCCGCCGGAAUUCUUUGAUCAGCUCUUCCACCGAAUCCAGCAGCCAGAAUGGACUGCUUGAGACAUCGAUGGGACCAGCAAAGUUGGCGAGGAGUGGAGCAGACGAUCUCUUAUCGGCUGACAUUGGCAAAAGCGAUUAUGAUUGGCUUCUGACUCCCCCUGGCACUCCUCUCUUCUCUUCUUCAGAUGCCAGCGAACAUCAACUGUCCUCAACAGCUCCAACGAGCAGUUCCAAUGUCAGAUCAGUCUCAACUACCACAAAAGCUUCAAGGUUAUCUGUGUCUCAAUCAGAGAAUGGGCAAUCUACUAGACCAACCAGAAGUAGUUCAGCCACUCGUCCUUCUCUCUUUAGUACAAACUCCCCCAGCUUUCUCUCUAAUAACAAUAGAACAUCACACCUCAAUGCUAGCUCAGCCUCACUCACCUCUAGACCCACAACCCCUGGCAAACGCCCAACCACUGCAUCCACCACAAAGGCAAAUCUGGCCCCAGCCUCCCGUCCGGUGCCAUUACGUCCAUCCACCCCUUCCAAAACUCGAACAUCUUCCAGCUCUUCUGGAGAUAAACCCAGACAAUUGCAAAAUUCGAGACCCUCUACUCCGACCGGCCGGCCUCAUGUUCGUUCUACUAGUUCAGAUUCUAGUUCAAGCACUUCAGCAGCUCGUUCGAAUUCCAGGCCAUCAACCCCAACACGUCGCAACCCUACUACCCCGGCCCCAGCUCCAACUACCUCGAACUCCAGACCGUCGACUCCGAAUCGCCGCACCCCAAUGCCAGCACCAGCUCCAGCUAUGGCUCGCUGCCCUUCUGCCGGUCGGAUUCCGACAACAAAUAGCAGAAACCCUGCCCCCAGAUUACGUCCUAGUUCACCGGGACCGCGAGCUCGAGUUCCUCCAGCACAGUCGCUAGCUCUCCCAGAUUUCCUGCACAAGGUUCAACCAAAUCCCAGGACGAAGCUGCCUGAAAGACCCAUUUCUUCUGCCAGCAAGCAGCGACCAGGAGCGCCAUUAACAGUUCAGGCAAAACCGAAUUUGGAGGCAGCAGCUUCCAUGAGCUUGAAUCGAGGCAGGCUCUCACACAAUUCACCAAAGGAACGACCAUGCAGCAAUGGGCAAGAUGUCAGGCUACCUGAAAUCCAUAAGUCUGUUGCAUCAGAGAGUGCUGUCGGGAGACCAACCAAGCCAUCUUCAUCCACAGAAAGCACUGGUUUCGGAAGGACAAUCUCCAAGAAGUCACUUGACAUGGCUCUCAGGCAUAUGGACAUCCGCCCAGGCAUGGGGGGCAUUCGUGGGGCCUCUCUCUUCCCCCAGAGCAUUCGCCCAACUACUUCAGAAGCCUUGCCUGUUCCCACUGCUGACAAAGCAGCACCUCAUGAUGAUGAAAGAAUGUCGGACUUGACCGGUAGAGAGGAUGGAAAUCAUAAUGGAAUGAUCUCCAGUGACAGCAAUUUGGCCAUCUCGGAGGAUGGGGAGGCGGUGGUUGGUUCUGCAGAGAGGGAGUCUGGUGCUGUGAGAGUGAAUGAGCUGGAUAUCUAUGAGAGCUCCCGAUAUGAUGCGAUUCUGCUCAAAGAGGAUUCCAAGAACUUCAAUUGGCUGCACAGCAUCGAAGAUAAUUGCAACCAGAGCCCUGUGUUCGAUCAUCGAUUCGAGCCACUGCCAGAACCUUUCAGCCUUAUUUGAGAGAUAUGGUUUUGCUGCCCCUGUAAUUUUGUAAUUGCUGAUCUUCUCCUUUUAUGUUAUUUAUGUUUUAAGAUUUUCUUCUGAAGAUUCAAUUCUAGGUGUAUUCUUAUAAUUCUAUAAAUUAUUAUAGAAGUCUUUUAAUGCAUUA